UCGACCUUCCGCCUCUCACAUCAACAAUAUCCUAGAGUCCAAAAAGGAAAUCAGUCGGGUUCUAAUGAAUAUUUUUAGGUUCAUGUACAGAAGAAGGGUCAAACUACCACCAGGGUUAUAAAAGUACCCCUGGAAAUACCCAGAGAUUCUACGAAAGCCUUGUCAAAGAGGUGUAUUUGGGCGCAUUCUGUAUUCUCAGACGCUUCCACUUUUCACAUCAGCUAUUUCCAAAGGUCAAAAAGGAGAUCAGUCGGGUUUUCAUGAGUGCUUUUUCACAAUCUUAGCAUAGAAGAAGGGUCAAACUAUCACCAGGGCCAUUAAACAACUCCUGGAAAUGCCUAAAACUCCUUUAAAAACCUUGUCAAAAAUGUGUGCUGGGGCGCCGAAAGGUUUGAGAAUGUGGCCAUGGCAUGUUAUACGGCCCUCGCGGAGGCUCUUGCUCUUCCUAUCAACUGUCACCUGUCAGGAUCACACACUUUCCCUCGGCCACAUUCACUUGUAUAGAUAAAAAUUAGGAAAAAAAGAGCAAUUGUAUACAUCUCAGUUUCCAUAAUAUUAAUUCUUCUCAGUGAAAGUCAAACAUUUGUACGUACAGAAAACGAGAGGCAGAUUGUCAACAUAGCACUCUCCUCACCACUGAUUUUCAUACCUUCCUGCAUCCUUUCCUCCUUAACAUUCCUUUUAGCGUCCUUCUCCAUCUCCCCUUCCCUCCAUCUCCAUCAUCGUCAUCAUCAUCAAGGCGCACCCCUCCCCUCACUGGGCUCCCCUCUUCGCCGCCUCCUGCUCCUCCUUUCACAAGUAUUUUGAGCUCGUGAAUAAUACCUGGGCCCUCUUACUCACCCAGAGCUUUUCAGAGGCCCAGAAUAUCCCAGAGCCGAGGGCGAGAGAAGCACCACCAGCACCACCCUGCCAUAAAUAUAGGUCAGUGGAAGUGGGUCGUGGCCAUGCAUUGUCCUCAGCCUGUCUCGGGGUGUGUCAGGUAGGCCCCCACCACACCUGUGCACGGCUCUCCAGCUGACAAUACAACGCCUUUGUCAUUGAUGUGAGUCGACACAGCCAUGGACAACCGCAAUGGGUCAAAGCACAUAUCAAGAAUUCGUAUACUGAGUCUUGGGAAUCCAGGUGUUGGCAAGAGCUGUCUGAUCAAGAGGUACUGUGAGAAGCGCUUUGUCAACAAGUAUGUCCCAACGGUGGGCAUUGACUAUGGCUCCACAGCUGUCGAAGUGGACGGCAGGAAGGUGUCUGUCCACUUUUUUGACACUUCCGGGAGUCCACUAUUUGAGGAGGUGCGAAGUGAGUUCUACCGUGACAUGCAAGGCAUCCUCCUGACCUAUGAUGUGACAGACAGAUCCUCCUUCAUAGCCUUGGAUGCCUGGCUGGCUGAACUGAGACACAACCUGGGGCAAAUGGAUGAAUGGAACCUGGCAGUAAUUGUCUGUGGCACUCGGACGGACACUGGUGGCACUGGGGGACGGCAAGUGUCUGAGGCUGAUGGCAAAGGUUGGGCGGACAAACACAACUUUCCCCAUGUGUUAACCUCGGCUGCUCUGGGAAAUGGCAUCAACCAGGCCUUCCAUACCCUGUUUGUUCAAGCACUGCAACUGAAGGAUGGCAUCCGUCCCCCUGGAGGAGCUGUGGACCCAGAGGUGGUGCAGGCCAUCCACCGCCUCAUCCAUAUGACUGAUGACUUUGAGAAGAUGGGACUGAGCAGGCGCUCCAUCUCAAAGGAGGAGGUAAACAAGGCGUACCGCCGACUGGCUGCUCUAGUGCAUCCAGACAAAUGUAAAGCUGCUGGUGCCGAGGAAGCCUUCAAGACACUCACGCAGGCUCGCAAUAAUCUCCUCAAAAUCCUCACUGAAACUACUGUGUAGCCCAAGCGUUCCCUUGCUCCUUGUGGGUCCUUGACUUUGGCUGACUUGUCUUCACGAUGCUUCUUUGUGUCGUUCAUGAGUAGUUUAUUGUGGCAUGUUUUCUGUUUGAGUAAAGAAAACAUGUCUCUGGAAAAGCAGAUGAUAGAUUUUUGCAAGUGUUCAUAAAUGACAGUCUUAAAAUGAGGAUUCAGCAAGUUAGGUAUUUGUAAUUUUAUAUGAAUACUUCUGAUGUGAUACUUUUUAAUUAUUUUUGUUGUUAUGAGUAGUUAUUAGCUGUGGGGGUUGCACUGCCGUGGGACUUGCCAUGCUGAGUGCUACUAGUUAGAUGAUGUUUAGAGCAGGCACUGUGUAAAGUGAUGUAUAAGUGAAAGUCAGAAAAAAUGGAGACUAUUUAAAGGUCAUCUAACCUUGCAGGGCUGACCUUUAGAGGUGAUGACUUACCAGCACUGUUAACUUGCACAUAAAAAUAAAUUAUAUGGGCUGAUGAGGUGGAAUGCCAAGAGCAAUUAGGAUACACAAGAGUGCAGAGCACUAGAAAGGGUGAAGUGGCAUAUGCUAAGAUGGUUCAGACAAGAAGAAAAGGGUGUAUGAGGCAAAGGGUAAUGGGAUGGCUGGAAGAAAACCAAUGAGAUGGGCUGAUAAAAAAAUUAAGAAAUGGGAGGGAUAUUCAUCUUUCUAAGGGAAGUGUACAAAGUAAUGUAUUUUAAUGUAUUUGAGACUUCAUGUGGGGUGUUCUCAGAGGUCAGAGGUAGGUUGGUAAUAUUUUACCAAUAUUGUUUUAUGAAUUUUGUGUUGAAAAGCUGGUUAUACUUGAAGCAUGGCACAGAGAUGGUAGACAAUUGAAAAAAAAUGGAACAUCAAAUUUACUGUAUGUGGAUGACCCCGUAUUGAUUCCCUAACUUGAAAAGGCUCUGUAUAGGCAAGUUAAAAGAGGCAUGUAAUAGGUAAGGUCUUUUUGAAAAAGGGAAUGGUUACAAUAAAGGCAAAGGAACUAUAAAAUAAAAUGCAAUUUGCAUAUUAAUGAAGCCUCUUAAAUUGGAGUUUUCACUAUUUGGAUGCCAUAAACAUAAAAUAUGUAUUAAGCAUACACCUAUCCUUGUCACGAAUCUUGUACAUUUCAACCCCCAAACCACCACCCACCCUGUUCUUAUCAUUUCUUUGGGGCCAGGUGGGUCAGUGGGUAUGGUGUUUGGCUCACAACUGAGAGGUUGCACGUUCAGUCCCAUCUCACAUUGACCUCUUGGUGAGAAGGCAGCACUAUUGUAAUCCUAGCAGUGCUUUAUGGUUUAGCUACCUAGCUCUGGGGGAUUCACAAAUGUGCUACUCUAUAUUCAUAGAUUUAUUGCAUAAACCUUAAAAUUUACUUGUAAAAAAAUAAAUAAAAGAAUCAUGAG